AUGUGUUCUGUAAGAUUUUUUGUUAUGUUAGUGUUUUGCGCACUGUUUUGAAUGUGUUCUGUUGCAUUGUUUCUCACGUUAGUUCCUCGUAUACUGUUUUGGGUGUAGUCUGUUUGAUUGUAUGUCUCGUCAGUGCCUUGCGCACUUUUUUGUAUGUGUCCUUUAUGGUGGUUUGGUAAGAUUUUUUGUUACGUUAGUGUUUUGCGCACUGUUUUGAAUGUAUCGCGUUGGAUUGUUUGUCACGGUAGUACCUGGGGCACUGUUUUGUAUGUGUUCUGUCAACUUUUUGGUACGUUCGAGUGUCACUCAAUGUUUUUUAUGUGUUGUGUUGCCUUUUUGUCACUAGUGUCUCGCGCACUGUUUGGUAUAAGUUUUCUUGACAGUUUGUUACAUUAGGGGCUUGCGCACUGUUUUCUAUAUCUUUUCUUUGAUUGUUUGGUACGUUAGUGCCUCGCGCACUGUUUUGAAUGUGUUCUGGAAGGCUUCUACUUACGUUAGUGUUUUGCGGACCGUUUUAAAUGUGUUCUUAUGAUUGUUUGGUACGGUAGUUUCUCGCGCACUGUUUUGAAUGUGUUCUGUAAGAGUUUUUUUACGUUAGUGUCUUGCGCACUAUUUUGAAUGUGUUCUGUUUUGAUUGCAUACUGUUUUGUAUGUGUUUUUUAUGAUUGUUUGCUACGUUAGUGACUCGCGCACUGUUUUCUACGUGUUUUAUCGACUGUUUGUUACGUUCGAGUUUGGUGCACUGUUUUUUAUGUGUUCUGUUGCCUUUUUGUGACUCUAGUGUCUUACGUACUGUUUGGUAUGAGUUUUCUUGAGAGUUUGUUACGUUAAUGUCUCGCGCACUGUUUUGUAUGUGUUUUGUUGACUCUAUGACGUUAGUGCCUUGCGCAGUGUUUUUUAUGUGUUCUGUUUUACUGUUUGGUACGUUAGUUCCUUGCGCACUGUUUUGAAUGUGUUCUUUAAGAUUUUUGUCACGUGAGUGUUUUGCACACCGUUUUGAAUGUGUUCUGUAUGACUGUUUGGUAAGUUAGUGCAUCGCGCACCGUUUUGUGUUGGAUUGUUUGUCACGUUAGUGCCUCGGGCACUGUUUUGUAUGUUUUGUAUGUGUUCUGUCGACAGUUUUUUGUAUGUUUUCUCUUUGAUUGUUUGGUACGUUAGUGCCUUAGGCACUGCUUUGAAUGUGUUUUGUAAGAUUUUUACUUAGGGUAGUGUUUUGCGCACCGUUUUGAAUGUGUUGUGUUGGAUUGUUUGUCAUGUUAGUGCCUCGGGCACUGUUUUGUUAUGUGUUCUGUCGACAGUGUUUUGCACUGUUUUUUGAUUGUGUUUUGUUUUUUUUUUUUUAGGCACUGUUUUGAAUGUGUUUUUGAACUGUUUAUAUUGUAUUCUGUUGGAUUGUUUGUCACUUUAGUGCCUUGCACGGUGUUUUGUAUGUGUUCUGUUUGAUUGCAUGUGACGUCAGUGUCUUGCGCAAUCUUUUGUAUGAGUUCUCUUUGAUGUUUUUAUGUGUUCUGUAAUUUUUUUCAAGUUAGUUCUUGGGCAUUGUUUUGAAGGUGUUCUAUUGGAUUAUUUGUCACGUUAGUGCCUGGCACAAUGUUUUUUAUGUGUUCUGUUGGUUUUUUUUGACGUUCCGGUGUCGCGCACUGUUUUUUAUGUGAUCUGUUGAGUUUUUGUUACGUUAGUGUCUCGGUCACUUUUUGGUAUGUGUUAUUUGUAAUUGUUUGUCACGUUUGUGUUUUGUAUGUGUUAUGUUUGAUUGUUUGGUACGUUGGUGCCUCGCGCACUGUUUUGAAUGUGUUUGGUCAAAUUUUUUGUUACGUUGGUGUUUUGGGCACUGUUUUGAAGGUGUUGGAUUGUUGCUCACGUUAGUGCCUUGCACAAUGAUUUGUAUGUCUUUUGUUGACUGUUUUUUAUGUUCUGAUGUCGCGCACUGUUUUUUUUGUAAUCUGUUGAUUUUUUUUCACGUUAGUGUCUCGCGCACUGUUUGGUAUGAGUUUUCUUGACAGUCUGUUACGCUAUUGUCUUGCGCACUGUUUGGUAUGUGUUUUGUCGACUGUUUGUCACGUUAGUGCGUUGCGCACGGUUUUGUAUGUAUUCUGUUUGAUGUUUUGUGACGUUCAUGUUUUGCGCAGUGUUUUGAAUGUGUUCUAUUGGAUUGUUUGUCACGUUAGAUCCUCGCACAAAGUUCUGUGUGUGUUCUGUUGAGUGUUUUUUACGUUCGGGUGUCGCGCACUGUUUUUUUUAUGUGUUCUGUUGACUUUUUGUUACGUUAGUGUCUCGCGCAUUGUUUUGUAUGAGUUUUCUUGACAGUUUGUUAUGUGAGUGUCUCGAGCACUGUGUUGUAUGUGUUCUGCUGACUAAUGGUCACGUUGGUGCCUCGUGCACUAUUUUUUAUGUGUUCUGUUGGCUGUUUUUUAUGUUAUUGUCUUGCGCACUGUUUUUAAUGUGUUUGGUAUGAUUUUUUGUUACGUUAGUGUCUCGUGCACUGUUUCGUAAUGUCCUGUUGACUCUUUGUUACGUUAGUGUCUCGCACAUUGUUUUGUUUGCGUUCUGUUUAACUGUUUGUUACGUUUGGCGUCCUGCACUCUUUUUUUAUGUGUUUAGUUGAGUGUUUGUUACGUUAGUGUCUCGUGCACAGUUUUUUAUGUGUUCUGUUUGGUUGUUUGUCACAUUAGUGCCUUUUGGACUGUUUUGUAUGUGUUCUGUUUGACAGUUGGUUUCGUUAGUGCCUCGUGUUUGACUGUUUGUUACGUUGGUGUCUCGUGUACUAUUUUGUAUAUGUGUAGUUGACUGUUUGUUACCUUUGUGUCUUGCAGACUGUUUUGUAUGUGUUCUGCUUGAUUCUUGAUUACGUUAGGGUUUUGUGCACUGUUUUGAAUGUGUUCUGUUUCAUUGUUUUUCACGUUACUGUUUCGGGCGCUGUUUUGUAUGGGUUGUGUAGACGAUUCGUUACGUUAGUGUCUGGCGUACUGUUUUGCAAGGGUUAGUUACAUUAGUGUCUCGCGCACUGUUUUGUUUGUUUUCUGUUUGACCAUUUGUUACGUUGGUGUCUCGCGCACUGUUUUGUAUGUUUUUUUAUACUUUUUCUUGUGUUAGUGUCUCGUGCACUGUUUGUAUGUGUUUUGUUUGGUUGUUUGUCACGUAAGUGUCUCGUGCACUGUUUCGUAUUUGUUUUGUUGACUUUUUCUAAUGUUAGUGUCUCGCGCACUAUUUUGUAUGUGUUUUGUUUCGUUGUUUGUUACGUUAGUGUCUCGUGCACUGUUUUGCACGUGUUGUGUUUGACUGUUUGUUACGUUACUGCCUCUCGUACUGUUUUGUAUGUGUUCUGUUUGCUUGUUUGUUACGUUAGUGGCUCGCACCCUGUUUUGUAUAUGUUCUGUUGAGCGUUUGUUACGUUAGUGUCUCGCGCAGUGUUUUGUAUGUGCUCUGUUUGAAUGUUUGUUACAUUUGUGUCUCGCACAUUGUUUUGAAUGUGUUUUGUCAGACUAUUUGUUGUGUCAGUGUCUCGCACACUGUUUUCUGUGUUCUGUUGACUGUUUGUCACGUCAGUGCCUCGCCCACUGUCUUGUAUGAGUUCUGUUGACUGUUUGUUACGUUAGUGUCUUACGCACAGUUUUGUAUGUGUUCUGUUGACUGUUUUUCACGUUAGUGUCCCGCGCACUAUUUUGUAUGUGUUUUGUUUGAUUGUUUGUUACGUUAGUGCCUCGUGAACUAUUUUGUUCGUGUUCUGUUCAGUGUUUGCUAUGUUGGUGUCUCGCGCACUGUUUUGCAUGAGUUUUGUUGACUGUUUGUUACGUUAGUGUCUUGCACACUGUUUUGCAUGUGUUGUAUUCAGUGUUUCUUAUGUUCGUGUCUUGUGCACUGUUUUUAUCUGUUCUGUAUGAUUGUUUGUUACGUUAGAGUCUCGUGCACUGUUUUGUAUGUGUUCUGUUUGUCUGUUUGUGAUGUUAGUGUCUUGAGCACUGUUUUUUAUUUGUUCUGUUGGAUUGUUUGUUACGUUAGAGUCUCGUGCACUGUUUUGUAUGUGUUCUGUUGACUCUUACGUUAGUGCCUCUUGCACUGUUUUGUCUGUGUUCUGUUUGACAGUUUGUUACGCUGGUGUCUGGCGUAGUGUUUUGUAUGUGUUUAGUUGACUGUUUGUUAUGUUUCUCGCGCACUGUUUUGUAUGCGUUUUGUUCGACUGUUUGCUGCGUUAAUGUUUCGCGCACUUUUUUUAUGUGUUCUGUUGACUGUUUGUUACAUUAGUGUCUCACGGACCGUUUUGUAUGUGUUCUGUGUGAUUCUUUGUUACGUUAGUGUCUCGUGCACCGUUUUCUCUGUGUUCUGUUGGAUUGUUUGUCACGUUAGUGUCUCGCGCACUGUGUUGUACGUGUUCGGUUUGAUUGUUUGUCACGUUAGGGACUCGUGCACUGGUUUCGUUCUGUUUUGUUUGAUUGUUAAUGUGGACAAUUUCAUGCCCCUCCCGCAGUGCGACAUUUGAUUUUUUUUUCUCGCUAUAGUGGACACUCAAAUACUUCGUCCACGAUCCUGACUCACAUAACAAAAAUAGACAUUACGAUAAAAGAAAGUAAAGGAACCAUUCUUGAAUUGGGUGCGGCCGGAUCUUUUUAUGGUUAGUAAGGCUACCUUAGAAACUUUAUCUUUUUUUAGUUUCAUAUUAUUUCAUAUGUUUAGAGACAAAUCAAUUAAUUUUUCUCUCGUACCCCCGCUAUUACGGACUCUCGCUAUUACGGACACUAAAUCUUCCCCCUCCCCCGCGGGUUUCUGUAAUAAUGGGAGUUGACUGUGUUAUUUUGCAUCAGAACCAUUACAUUGACUGUGCUGGAUGACAAAGCAGAGCAAGAACUAAACUUUAAUCUAUAGCUUGAAUUGGUUUUUCACUUGUUUCGCUCUUACUGAGCCCUCAGGGUCCCGGCUUUCAGUGCCGGCUUUAACAUGACUUUCUCAAUUCCGUUUGUUAUUAUAACUUCUCCAUUCAAGGAGGUUUUGUCAUUUAUUUUAAGAGCUUGCACUGUCUUGAAAGAGGCAAAAAGUACCUUAAAUCUAAAAAUGACUUUAUCUUACAGGUAUUUCAGUCACCAAGAGUUACGUAACUUGUUCACACUGGAAGAUCCUCAUCAUUCAAAAACGCAACUACAGCUUGAUCAUUGA